AUGGUUUUCAUUCUAGGCGUCAACUUCGGCGAGCAGAAGCUGGUCAAGAAAGCCCUCGAGUCGUUUUACGCUCUUGGGCCCACGACCUCUGCUCGCAUCAUGGCCAAGUACUCCAUCCACAAGCUCGCCAAGGUCGGCUCCCUCGCCCCGAGAACCGUCACUUCCCUCACGGCCGAGUUAUCACAAAUGACCAUCGAAACCGACGCCCGACGACUGGUGCAGGAGAACAUUCGACGACUAAAGGAUAUGGGCUCGUACCGUGGUAGGCGUCACGCAAUGGGUCUGCCUGUGCGCGGUCAGAGGACGAGGACACAGACGACAACGGCCAACAGGCUCAACAGAGUCGAGCGGAGGGGUUAA